AUGUUGAAACAACGCUGGUUCCAAUAUCGACGCGAUCCGAACAACAAUGUCAUGCCGACCACUCCACUCCCGCCAAAAAUAAAGAAUUUUUUAGUAAUUCCAGUCCACGAUUUCGAUAUGAAACAUAUCCGCAUCGAUAUCCAUCUUUUUUAUUUCAUUGCGAGAAAAUUUGGAGUAUUGAAAUUGGCAAAAGGAAAACGCGGUCAGCCAAUAAACAUUGAAAAAACUGAAUACGAUAGCAAUCCAGCUAUCUAUUGGGAUUUAAUAUUUGACCUGCCAAAAAUUUCGAAACUUGGAAAUGGUAAGGAAUUCGAUUUUGCUGUGGCAACCGAUAGUGUGGCAGUUUCGUUAUGUUUCGUGAAGCCUGAACGCAAUACACCAGAACUUGAUAACAACACCAUCAAAGAGAAGUACAAUAAUUUUGAGUUUGAUUAUGUGCUUGGAAUCGACCCAGGAGUUCGUACAUGGAACGCCACCGUUCGCAAACACGUUCGAUCCGGCAACGAGGAAAACAUCACAAUUGAUGGUCCAAAAUACCAUUUCAAAGCGAAAUAUGGCAAACGCAAGCGUAAAUCCGAUCAAUGGACUGAAUUGUUGCAAAAACAACGGGAGCUCGACUAUAAACGCUAUGCAUUUUUUCCAUCGCCGAAAGGACGUUCACAUUGGAUGUGUUACAUCGCUUAUUAUGUGAAAAUGAUGAAACCAGCUAUGGCGGUGUACACAACAAGAAAGUUUAUUCGACUCCGUCUCGAUAAAUACAUCGAAGAGAAUCGGGCCAGUGACAAAAUCGCGGCAUCACUGACGAAAAAAAAGUCGGCGCUCGUUUUUAUUGGUGCAGCUCAAAUAGCUCCAAACUCACCAAUUGGUAUUAAAAAGCGAUUGCGAUGCCCGGGAUUACGACGACUAUUGAACAGUUUCAAGAAGUUGGGAAAUUGUAUUGUACGAUUGGUCGACGAAUACAAUACAUCGCAAACUUGUGCAAAAUGUUUCCGGCCAUUCGAUCGACGAACCAAAAGCGAUCGAUACAAAGUUUGUCAGCAUUGUAUUCCAAGUGAAGAUGAGUCAUCGCAAUGGAAUUUACCGAACGUCAUUAUCACCAUGAAAAGCAACCGAGUGUACCAACAAUUGCGUAAAUAUGCAGUUGAUUUUGUUAAUCGAUUGAAUGCAGUCAACCCAGAUCAUAUUCCAAUGGAUUCAGAUGGUUUAGUGUCAAAACUUCAAGUAUGUUUCAAAAACUGGCAACUAAACACUGGCAUUUGGAAAGAUGAUCAAGCUCCAUUUCAAUUGAAAACUGUUUGGCACCGGGAUAUCGUUGCAGCCAAGAACAUCAUGUACAAAGGUCUUUUUACGGUGUUGGGAUUGGACAUUCAUCCGCAACUAUUGAGACCACAGAAUCAAAAUGCUGCCGUACAAAAUCAAGCAGCUGACGAUGAGGAUUCCAGUGACGAUGAGGACUACGUUUAUGUUCUCGAUGUUUCCGAUGACGACCAGUUUUAAUUACAUGUAGCAUUAAGAUUUCUUUUUAAAUAAUAUUAUUGUAACGUUUUGUUACUAUGCUGGGCUUGAGUUUUGUGGCCUUGACCGAAGUACGGGCAGUUCGGUAUAUAAAAUAACCCGUAGGUGAGUAUCAUUUAUUGAACUGAACCGAUAGUAUAUUGAUGUUGAUUCAUACUUAGUAACUGAGUUUAUUUUUUCUCUUUUUUCUUUCCAUUGCGACGUUGAAAAUGACUGAAACUACACUCAAAUCCGACCCCAAUAUUGACCGUCAACAUAUGCCCGAUAAUGGAUGAAUU